AUGAAGGAAGCGAAGUCAGUAUUCAACAAGCUAUAUUCCCGAUUCUCCCCCACAACCAAAACAAUGAAUAUUUUGCUUCUUGGAUUUAAAGAAUCUGGUGAUGUCACUUCUGUAGAGCUUUUCUACCAUGAGAUGAUUCGAAGAGGUUUCAAGCCCAACAUUGUAACUUACAACAUCAGAAUUGAUUCUUACUGCAAAAGAGGUCGUUUUCUAGAUGGGUUAAAACUUGUUGAAGAAAUGGAACAAGCAAACUGCUUGCCCACGUUAAAGACACUAACCACUUUGAUCCAUGGAGCAGGAAUUGCUCACAACACAACCUAUGCACAACAACUGUUCGAUGAAAUACCUAAGAGAAACCUACUCCCAGAUUCUGGUGUCUACAACGCCUUAAUGAAUGCUUUCAUCAGAUCACGUGACAUCGACUCUGCAACUAAAUUGAUGGAUGAAAUGGAAGCUAAUAAUCUUCUUCAUGACAACAUUACAUUUCAUACAAUGUUCUCAGGAUUGAUGAAGUCAACUGGAAUCGAUGGUGUUCUAGAGCUUUAUCACAAGAUGAUCAGUAGAAACUUUGUCCCCAAAUCAGAAACGGUUGUAAUGUUAAUGAAACUUUUCUGCAAAAAUCAUGAAGUUGAUGAUGCCAUGGGUUUUUGGAGGUACUUAAUUGAUAAAGGCUAUUGUCCACAUAGUCAUGCUGUUGAUGUUCUUGUGAGAAGCCUGUGUUCUCAUGGAAGAGUAGAAGAAGCUUUUGAAUGCUCUUUACAGAUUCUUGAAAGAGGGAGACAUUUAAGCAAGACUUGUUUUCGUGUUUUAGAGAGACAUUUAGAGAUGGGUAAUGAAGAUAAAUUAAAAAAACUCAAUAAGAUGAUAAAAAAUCUACAAACUGUUAUACCCCCAUCAAAAGGGCAUGCAAGUGGUAUUUCUAGUGUAAUAUAG